AUGGUGUUGAGGUUCGACUCGCUAGUCCGCUCCGUGGACGCACUAGUCUUUAUGUGGCUAGAACAGGGCACGUUCCUCAACCUCACCUUCUCUUCACUCUCACCAAGCGCUAAGAUCCCAACCGCAACCUCCACCAGUUGGCUGUACCGCAGUACUAUCACUAGCAUUGAGACCAGCUUCUGGCCUACUAUUUACAACGAAAGGCCAGCGGCGCAAGCCGCACCUCAGCGAACCACGGAGUAUUUGCCAGCAAGCCUGGUAGUAUACAUCACUUUGGACACUCGCUUCAUCGCCGGGGUCAUCGACCUGGGAGCCACGCCUGUGCCUGCAGUCCCUUUCUCUCGAACUGCAAGAGGGGAAGGCCAUGUCGCUGAGCGCGUCGAGUCGGCAUCUGCUCACUAUGUUACCGACGACACAAACACGGCCAUCGAUAAUGAACGUAAUAUGACCGUCAGACAGUCGUUGCGGUUCUGGUGGAAGGCUAUUGUAUUCUCCUUUGUCAUCUCACUGUGCGUGGUCAUGGAGGGGUACGAUACGAGUCUGAUGAACAAGUUCUUCGCCUUCACUCCUUUCAAGAACCGUUUUGGAGAUCAGGUCGACGCAGACGGGAUUCCGCUUGUGUCGUCGCGUUGGCAGACUAUUAUUUUGAACGGCACACAGGUCGGAUGUAUAUUGGGCCUGAUUAUCAACGGAUAUAUAACCGAGUGGAUUGGAUACAAGAAGACAAUGAUUGGGAGUAUGGUGUUUAUGACCGGAGCAAUCUUCAUCCCCUUCUUUUCGACCAGCCUGGAGAUGUUCCUCGUCGGUGGUAUCAUCCAAGGUCUACCAUGGGGUGUCUUCCAGACCCUUGCCAUCUCCUACGCCGCAGACCUAUGCCCUAUUCAUCUUCGAGGCUACAUGACAUCCUGGAUCAACAUGUGCUGGGUCAUCGGCGGCCUCUUGUCCACUGGUAUUCUAACCGGGUUAAUGAAGAACAAUUCGCAAUGGGGCUACCGCAUCCCCUUUGCGCUCCAAUGGGUCUGGCCCAUCCCCAUCAUCCUCGCCACACUCCUCGCGCCUGAGUCUCCCUGGUGGCUCGUACGUCAAGGCCGCAUCGAAGAAGCCAAAGCCGCGAUCCGCAAAAUCACCACGCCUACUCCGGGCGUCCAGUUUGACGUCGACUCCCACGUUGAGAUGAUGGUCGUCACCAAUCAAUAUGAAAAGGAAGUCGGCGCGGGUACCAACUACUGGCACCUGUUCCGCGGAAGCGACCUUCACCGCACGGAGGUCUCGGCUAUGGCGUUUGUCACCCAGGCGCUAGUUGGCACGACUUUUAUGGGGUUUGGGGUCCAAUUCUUUUUGGGUGUCGGUCUGAAGCAGGAGGAUUCUUUCUAUCUGACUGUUGGGCAAGACUGCCUGGGUUUAAUUGGCUGUUUCAUUGCGUGGUGGAUUAUGACGAGAUUUGGCCGUCGACCCAUCUACCUCACCGGUCUCUGUGCCAUCUUUCUCAUCCUGCUGAUUGUCGGAUUCCUUGGGCUUGCACCGCCAACAAACGAAAGCGCAGGCUUAGCAGGCGGCAUAUUCAUCGUCCUUAUGAUUUUCUGCUUCCAGCUUUCACUGGGUCCAAUUUGCUACUCGCUAGCCGCUGAAAUCCCCUCUUCCCGCCUACGCGUGAAAACUGUGGCCCUCUCUCGCGCCUCUUACAAUUCCAUUGUCUUUGUAACAAACACCAUUAUGCCGAAAAUGGUCGGCCGCAACGACUGGAACUGGGGUGCAAAAGGCGGAUUUUUCUGGGCCGGUAUUGCCGCCCUUUUCAUUGUGUGGGGCUACUUUCGCCUCCCGGAGCCGAAGGGGUUUACGUACUCUGAGCUGGAUUUGCUGUUUGAGCACAGGGUUUCUGCGCGGAAGUUUACGAGGGAGAGGGUGGAGGUUCUGAGGCCAGCGUUGGGUGGCGGGGUGGGGAAGUUGGAUGAGAAGGAGUCGAUUGAGAGGGUCGGGGAUGGGGCGUAG